UGUUCGAGAAUUGUGUAGGCGGACUGUUUUACCCUUGCCAUUUUGAGAAUGAUUCAAUUUGAUUUCUCUUGGGAGCUGAAAGUAGCGUUCUUCUAGUGAUCCCCUGCGAUACGUGUCACGAUGUCUGGCGUUACUCAGUUCAAGAACUGCCGCAUUUUGUACAAUCACCGGCUGAUCCGUGAAGAUCUCUGGGUAGAAGAUGGGCUUAUCAUCAAUCCCGAGGAGCUUUUCUACAAGCAGAAGCGCCCUCCAACCUUCCAGGUGGACUGCAAGGACUCCAUUGUGGCACCUGGCUUCAUAGAUGUUCAGAUAAAUGGCGGGUUCGGGUUCGAUUUCGCGUUCGACGAGGACAAGACAGAGGACGCGGUGUCGACGGUGGCACGAGGCAUCUUGGCGCACGGUGUCACCUCCUUCCUGCCCACCGUCAUCACCUCCGCACCCAGCGUGUACCGCAAGGUGUUGCCCCUACUGCGGAAGCAGCCGGGCGGCGAGUGGGGUGCCGGCGUGCUGGGCGCCCAUCUGGAGGGGCCGUUCAUCAGCAAGGAGAAGAAGGGCGCCCACCCCGUGCAGCACAUCCGGGAGUUUGACGAGGGAUUCGUCACCUUGAAGGACGUAUACGGCUGUUUAGACAACGUCGCCAUGGUGACGCUGGCUCCCGAGCUGCCGAACGCGCUGGACGCCGUGCGGGGUCUGGUCGACCGCGGCAUAGUCGUCUCUGUUGGUCACUCGGCCGGCUCGAUUGUCGACGGCGAGCGCGCGUUCGAGUGCGGCGCCCACUUCAUGACGCACCUCUUCAACGCCAUGACCAAGUUCCACCACCGUGACCCGGGCAUCAUCGGCAUGCUGACGUCGAAGCGGUUGCCGGUUCAGGAGCUGUCGUACGGCAUCAUCUCAGACGGCAUCCACACGCACCCGGCGGCGCUCCGCAUCGCUUAUAAGACGCACCCUACCGGCCUGUGUCUGGUGACCGACGCCGUAUCGGCGAUGGGCCUCGGCUCGGGCCGCCACCACAUCGGCGACAUGGACGUCGAGAUCCAGGGCGAGCGCGCCGUGAUCACCGGCACGGACACGCUCUGCGGCUCGAUCGUCACCAUGGACGGCUGCAUCCGACACUACAUGCACUCGGCCCGCUGCAGCACGGUGGAGGCGCUGGAGGCGGCGUCGCUCCACCCGGCCAGGGCGCUGGGCAUCGUCGACAAGAAGGGUACGCUGGAGUUCGGCUCGGACGCCGACUUCGUGCUGCUUUCGGAUGACGUGCACGUGCGCGCCACCUACAUCAGCGGCAGGCCCGUGUUCACCGCCGACGGUCAGCAGUUCCUGCACGCGCCGGUCCUGUAGCGCGGCCUGCCAUCUGGCGGGCGAUCGGCGAACCCUGCACCGUGCGGGGAGAGCGGCGGCGGCGGGCCCAAUCUGCGCGCCGGUGGGCUGAAAGCUCGGUGUAGAGGUGAAGGGGUGCUUGCGUCGGGUCUGGGGGUCAGGAGCAUCCAGCUGCGGCGCGCGCUGCCUGCUGGCCGCUGACAAGGCGGUGCUGGUGAUAUUCAGAACCGUUGUGUUUUAAUCAGUUGGUCUUAUCGCGAGCGUAGCUGGGCUAAGCCAUAGUUAUCCAGUCGUAGUAAACGACCAGUCAGAAUAUGUAUCGGGGUGUUGGCAUCGACCACGACCAUGCCGGGGGUUGGGAUGGUGCCGGGUUUCGGAGCUGGUCUUUCAAGCAUGUUCCUGUACGUUGCCUUUGGCGGAGCUGGUUACGGGUAGGAGCGAGACCUUGACUAAAUUGGAGAAGUACAGCUGCCAUGCCUUAGGAAUGGUAUGUAGCCUUGCAGUGUUUAAGCAAAACAGCCUAUGUGGAGGCCAUGAAUUUCUCUGGGCUCCUUCAUUUUACACUUGAAGGUAAAUCUGGCACAUAGUACCUAGCUUUGUAUUGCGGUAACCGAGAAAACGCCAUGUGGCGUGCCAUAGCAGUCAGGAACGAGAUGUCUCGCGGCGGGUGCUGAAUCCCACACUGCCGCGGCCGCCUGGUCCUGUUGCUGCCAUAUUGAUAUUGCCCCUGAAGCUGCCAGAUGAAGGCGGAUGAACCACACACAAACCCCUGAACGCAACGGCUGCAGCAAACCUGUUCGUACUGCCGGGGCGUCAAGCCAGUCAAUUAUUGACCUGCAGAGUGAAGUGACGAGUGCAAUCAGCUUAGUCAGUAUUUCCGAUACCCUAGGGUCAGUUGACAGUCAAGGCAAAGCGCCCAAUGCGGUUAGCUAAGUCUGAAGCUAAAGUUAAAGCAUUUAUAAUGCUUAAACAAAUUAUUGGAAGUUUGUAACCAACCUGAUGAUAUUGUGUGUGCUUUGCAUACAUUAGAAGGCUGUAUUUGGAUAUAUGUGUAUAUAUAUAUAUAUAUAUAUAUAUAUAUAUAUAUAUAUAUAUAUAUAUACAUAUACAGAUCCCACGCUAGUUGUCUUAAGUACAAGCACAAUGCCCAGCUGUGCUCGUUGUUGGAUGUUAUAAUCGUUUCUAAUAAGGCCACCACUGAAUCUUUUUCAGCCUGUCCCAAUACUGUGCUCGUUACAGAGCUGUGCAAUUCGGAACGCUGUUUCGUUAUGGUAGGCACAAAACGAUACUCUGCUGGCUGACAGUCGAUGCCUGCGCUAGUGACAAGGUCCCCAUCAUAGCACUUUGUUUCCUUAGAAUUCCGCCGCCGCCGCGUAAUGACGGCGACCCUUUCGUGGAGCAGUGUCAGCCGAGGCUCAUUUAAACUAGCAUGCGAAGGGAACUAGUUUGACCUGUUGCUUUGUGCUCUUGUGUGUGACAUGCGUCGGUACGUACCCUACAGAAGCACGUGGUCUCUAGGACGCUGUCUAUCAGGAGUGCCAUGAUUUCAGGUUCUUCCCACGUUUUGUACUUGAGUGCAGUGGUGUGUCGUAUUGCGCCUACAGUAUCGAUUGUUAUCCGCCAGUGACGGUUUGAAAGUAGGAAUGGAAAUACUGUUGAAAGGAGUAAAAUCUUUGUUGGAUUCUAGUCGGAAACAGUUGCUGUACGAUCGUGUUUGUAUUGUUUUGUGCCGUUUCGUACACCAAAUUAAGUACGUGUCUGUCUUAAUUUGUAUACGCGCACUCGCCGCUUGCUUAUGACUAUUCAGUACAAUAUAACUGACAACUUUU